UUAUUGUAAUUGUGGGUUGUCGUGACGAGUGAUGCGCUGAUCGUACAGUAGUGUAGUACUCUCCGUCGUGGUUAUGCCAUGGUGGUAGUUUUCUCAUUUUAUGUUUCUACGUCGUGGUGAAGUAAAUGUUCAAAUCAUACUAUAAUAGUGUUGUUAGUAGUGCAAGGAGUGCAAGGUGGAGCCCUUGGUCUCUUUUACAGCCGCAGAAAGUUUCCAGAAGCAUCCCUGUGACAAUGACAUCACAAGGAAUUGAUCAAGAUGAUAUUCCAAUGCCUCUUCUACAGAAGUUCAAAACUUCUGGUCAUCCGUUGUAUGCUGUAAGAAAAAACAGAGAGGAGUACCUGCGCAAGUCAUUGGAGGAAAAGGCCAAGGAGGCAAGAUGGAAACUUUCUACAGUCACCAGUGUAGAGGAUAUACCCACCUGGCCUGACUAUGCAACCCAGAAUGAGUUAGAGAGACAACCAGCUAAGAAGUCCAAGGGACUUGGCCUGGGGAGUAAGGUGUCCAUAUGGCAAGGAGAUAUAACCAAAUUGGAUGUGGAUGCCAUAGUCAAUGCUGCCAACAGGUCCCUUCUGGGCGGCGGUGGAGUUGAUGGUGCCAUCCACAGGAUGGCAGGGAAUAAACUGCUGCAGGAAUGUAAGAUUUUAGACGGAUGUGAUACAGGGGAUGCCAAGAUAUCUGCAGGAUAUCUGCUUCCAGCAAGAUAUGUCAUCCACACUGUUGGGCCCAUUGUUCGGUCUUGCGGCAGAGACGGUGUGCCCAAGGAAUCAAGACAGUUCCUGGAGAGCUGCUACUUGACCUGCCUGGAGAAGGCCCAGCAGCACAACAACAAACAGAGACAGAGGCAGGAGAACCUGGCCAGACUGGAGAUGAAGGCGGCAAACUCCACCCAGACCAAAGAAGAAGGGGAAGAAGAAGAGGGAUGCAGAGGAGCAGAAGCAGAAAAGGGAGAAGCGGAAAAGGAAAGAAAGGCUGUAGAGAUGAGCACCAAAGGAGAUGAACGCCUCAAGGAGGAAAGACAGGGCGGCGUCCCUGAUGAGAGUGAUGGAGCAAAGGUGAGGAAACAUGAGCAGAAGGACGAAGGGCAGGGGGACGUUGAAGAUGGUAACGCAACCAGCCCAAAAGCUACAGAGACAGACACUGAGAAAGAAGCCACUAAAGUCAUUGACAAAGAUGGAGGGGAUGUGUCGAGGAGGGAAGGAGUAGGUGUUGGAGCGGAGAGUAGGAAUGUUGAAGAGUCCCAACCCACGAGACAUCCUGAGGAGGCGGCCGUAGAAAGCAGGGGUGCGCUAGAGUCUAAACCUGAGAGGCAUCUCCAAGAGGCUGCAAUAGUUCCUCCUGAGCCUCUCAUUCAGUCCAUUGCCUUUCCUUGCAUAUCAACUGGAAUUUUUGGUUACCCACAAGAGGAUGCGGCCCACGUGGCUCUAGAAACUGUCCAGAAAUGGUUGGAAACCAAUGAUAAAAGUGAUAUUGAGCGUGUAGUCUUCUGCCUAUUUCUGGACAGCGACGUGGAGAUCUAUGAAGAACAGCUUCCCAAGUUUUUCCCUCUCAAUGGUGAUCAAAAUGAACGCAGUGAACCAGAGGAGAAAGAAAAAUCAGAAGAGCCUCCCUCUUAAGAUCUCCAUCUUACCACAGGGGAUGUACACCUGAUGGAAGACAGUUACUCAUUCAGAUCCAAUGCAGAGCAAAUGUCUAUCUUACACAGCCUGAUCUUGCCCAAUUCAGCAGACUCAUUGUAAAGUACUAGGGCCAGGACAGUAGGACAAAAAGUGAAUUUUGGCUGAGAAAGGAAUUUCAGGUGUCCACGUCGAACUAUAGGUACUUUCAGCCUGUUGAAUCAUGGCCACUGUGUAACUUUGUGGAAGGCACUGCGUGACCCACCCACUAGAGCCAAGUGGAAGCAUGUAUGCAGUUCAUAUACUGAAAUGUGUCAGGUCUACAUUGUCAAAAAUCAAGCUGUUGCUGCUAAGGUGCAAUAAUGAAAGUGCCCAAUUUCUGAUGAUGCAUUCAUUUCUAAUACACAUACCUUGUGCACUGCUUGUCCCAAACCACAUCCUUUUUUUCCCCUGAAUGGUGCUAAAGAGUCGAAACGGUAUUGUGGCUACCUGAACCUAAACCCUGUCAUACUUGACACAAAACUUCCUCAAUUUUCCGAAAUACUUCAUCGUGUGGGAAAUGGGAACAGUCUUGUGUACUUUAACUUCAAAGGGACAUCAGUCACUGUAUAAAGUAGAGGUGUUGCUCUCACCAGUGCUAAAACUUUCACCAUUGUGAACUAAAGAACUCAUGAGUUCACCAGGUGGAAAGCAAACUGUUUCUUGUUCUUAGUUUAGGCACAUUUCAGUGAUGUGUAACAAAAUGGUUGAGAUAUUUUUGCUGUAUUGUAAUGAGUGGGGUUUUGCAAAAUAAAUUUGGGAGACGUUUUUUGGUCAAAAAAAGUAGGAAAUCACAGGUCAUUUAGGAUGCCUCUGAAAGCUGAGUUGUACAUAUUUAAGUUGAUGUUUGUAUAUUGUUUGAAAAGCCCUGUUGCCCAAAACUUGAAGAGGAGUUACUUUGAAUGGAGCACAUUUUUCUUUCAGCCGAAUGCACAAGUAGAUUGUUUUAUAUGAAAUUACUCAUUAAUAAGUUUGUCAAAAUAAGGUAUAAUUCAGUAUGACUCGGUUAUUGUCAUUAAUUAGUUAUGAGUAAAUAUGGAAUGGCGAAGAUUUGUGACGUGCCACUUUUUUGUGAAAAAUAUGAAAUUUGAAGUCACGCAGAAAAUGCAUAUUUAUCAUCAGCAUUCUAUCCAAUAUCUGUGAAUUUUUCCCUCACAAGUGCAAACCGGCGAAUUUUACAGCUGAUAGUAGUAUGCGUUUCUUGACGUUCCCAAUUUUUUUACGUGGUUUGCCCUGAGACCUUCCCUGACAACAAAAGCCUGAGCAUUUGUUAAUGCCAUGCUUUGUAAACAGGCAACAGUUUAAAAGCAGAAUCAUACUGUGGGAGUUUUUGCAUUGCUUGCAUGCAGAGAAGAGUUUUUUAACGAGUACAUUUUCUGCAGAAAUGAUCCUUCAUUUGAUCUUGUGCCAGCCAAAGAUAUGUUAGUGCCUCCUUAGUUAGCAUACAGUAGAUUUCAUCUCAGUAAAUGCUUGCUUCAUUUUAAGUAGAGAAAGACUUGUACUCGAUAGGUUUUGGGUAAUCACAAACCUACUUCAGGAUCACGAAUACAAGGUUUUUAUGUGACAACAGCAAAGAACACCAGAAAUCGUCCAUUUGUCUUGCGCAUUGAAAAAUCCUGUAUUUGUACAUGUGUGAAAUUCACUUUAGGAGGUAGUCAACUUGCUGUAAUAAAGAUCUGAAAUUCGUUUAACAGCGCAUUUAGGAAAUAAUGCAUGACUUGUAUUAAAGCUGGUUUAUAUGGCUAUAUAAUGCGGGCGAUUCACAAUAGUGAGCCCCGAAGAGUUUGCAACGUGUUGGCUAAUCACAAUGCGCGAAAUCUGUCCAAACGUGCAUAGGGUAUAGAUUUCGUGCAUUAUGAAUGGCUAGCGCGUUGCAGUCUCUUGGAGGCGCACUAUUGUGAAACGCGCGUAUUGAGUUCUGUGGUCAAGAAUGUGUUUUAGUCACUGGAAACCUAAUACCUAAGGCCAGUCUUUGAAGUUACUGUGUGGGUUGUGAAUUUUAACUUUGGAUAUGGCCUUCACAGUGAUAAUCUUUAAAGCCCUGUUUACUUGGUGCUUUUUGAGAAGUAAAAAAGCUUUACGUUGGUGGGGUCGAACCCCUGACCUGCAGCUUACUAGUGCAGAUGUUCGACCACCAAGCUCAGAUGGAUUAGAAAACAUUUGUAUGUAGCACCAGCUGUCAUAGAUGGUGUGGGUGCUGCCGUGACAGAUGCAGUUAAGUGUGUUGAAAUGUGCACAUUCUUAAAAGUUAAAUUUUGUCCAAACUUCCCCAGUCAAGUGAGGGCACUGUUGCUGUGUUGUUCAUCAGAUCAGACAUUGUUCAGAUCACGUUUUCGUGUUCAGAAUUGGAACCCCAAAUUUGCUUUUUGAAAACCUUCUGCGAAAAGGUCGCUCUUUGGCUUAUUAAAUUUAUGACAACAAAGUUUUCAAAAUUCCAGCAGUUUUGUAUGCACAGUUUUUACAUUGAGGUCCACUGCCACAGAUAACAUCGCUAAUUUGCUUAUGAAGUUGCAUUAGUCCAAACUCAAAAGGGCGCAGAAAGGUAGCGAUUGAAAAUAAGGCUAAUUGAAACGCACAGGUUCAAUUUAAAUAAGGGUUGUGGUAAAAUACGUGUAUUGCAUGGUCCCAGUAAGAGUUACAUCAAGUGUAAUUUUCACCCUACACCUUGAGGAACUGAGAAUUACUAAUGUAAGUCACCUUAUCUUGGAAUCUGUGCACCUUAUGCAAACAACUGUAUGACAUCACCAUUGUAAUAUAACACCCACGUCUAUUUGAAAUUGUGCAACAUAAAGCAGUUUUUUUUGAAGCGGUUAACAGGAAACUCCCGUGGACAUGUA